GCAUGCAGCUGAUUUGGGUUCAAUCCACAUUACCCAUACCACCCCCCACCCCCACCCACCAAGCCUAAUAGGAGAGAUUCCUGAGCACAGAAGCAAGAGGGAGUCCUAAACACUGCCAGAACUAAACAAAAUCAGAAACAAAAGACAGGCCAGAAGAGAUAGCUCAAUGGGCUGGGCUGAGCACAUGCUUUGCCUGCAGGGGCCCAGGUUUGAUCCUCAGGACCACCUGGAGUGACCCCUGAGCACAGAGCUGGGAGUGACCCUGAGCACUGCCAGAAGUGGCCCCAAGACAAAGCCAAACAAAGCCCCUGUGACCAGGACACAGAUGUUGCAGGACAUUGCCAGCCACGCGCAGACAGAAGCCGAGUACUCAGGCUUGCGUGGAGGAGACAGGUGUGGAGACGGAGGCCCUCAGAGAGCUGAAGCCCAGUGGUCAGAGACACCGCGCCAGGAUUCCAUGAACAGGAGAGAUGGCACCCACCCGAACACGGUCCUGCCCCCUGCUGCUGCUCCUGCUCCUGGCUCUGUGGGUGGCCCAGCAUCCCGUCAGUGCCAAGCCCAAGAAUAUGACCUCAGCUCAGUGGUUUGAAACUCAGCAUGUGCAGCUCAGCCCAAAGAGAUGCAACAUGGCCAUGAGACCCAUCAACCAGGACAAGAAACGCUGCAAGAACCUUAACACCUUCCUGCACGAACCCUUCUCCAGUGUGGCCAACACCUGUCAGACCCCCAACAUAGCCUGCAAGAAUGGGUGGGAUAACUGCCACCAGAGCCCAGAGCCAGUGUCCUUGACCAACUGUCAUCUAGUCUCAGGGAUGUACCCUGACUGCAACUACAGAGAUAAGCAAAUGAACGCGUCCUUCAUCAUUGCCUGUGACCCUCCUGAAGAAAGGGACCCUUGGAAGUUGCCGCUGCUUCCUGUGCACCUCGACAAAGUCAUUUAGGUCUCCAGCCCUCCUCCCACUUGAGCUGUGGAAUCUUUACCAGGGCUCAGCACCACUCCUAAGCCCAGAACGUUCUCUCCCUUCAUCUUCCGGGGCCCUCCUAGCUUAAGCUCCUCUGAGACUGAGGUGAGAGGAGGCUGACACCUCAGGAGACGGAGCUCCAGAACAGCUCCAGUUCUUUUUUGUGGCUUCUCUCCAAGAGUGGGUCUGAGCGAGUGACAGGGAAUAUGGGUUCCCUGGUCUGUGUCUUUGUACAUCUCUCUCCAUUGCCCCGCCUUCUCAUGGCAGCUGAACAUGAGGAAGAAACAGUAAGAAAGACGGGCUGGAAUUUAGAGACAGGGCACCUCCUGUUCUUUGGCCAUUGACUUUCUGAGCUCAGACAUGGCAGUGGGGUGACCUGUACUCAGAGGGGGCAGGAAGAGAACCCGGAGACACGGCAGCACCUCCUGGUGUUUGUCUAGCAUUUCAUGGUGUUGCCACAGGAAGCUCCAUGAGAUAGGCUGACAGGGUGAGGGACGAUAUGCCAUCUUCAGGGAUCAGGAAAAUGGGAUUUCAUAAAGUUUAAUUAAAGAGCUUGCCAGCUUGGAGCGUAGAUGAACCUGAGUUGAAGCCAGGCCUCCUUACUCCAAACAGAGUGCCCUGUCUACUUUACCAUUGGCUAAAUAGAAACAAGGCUGUAGGGAGAAGAGAAUUAGGUAAGAGUUCACGUGAAGAAAUAUACCCCGAGAGCUCGGAGGAGUCAGCUACCCUGUGCUGGCCACAGUAAAGGUCACUCAUUACCUCUCUAGCCAAAAGACUGUAUGAGAUGCUUCCAGAGAUCUGAAUUCAUUU